AAAAUUCGGUCACGCAUCAGGAUGAUACGGCCAGAGGAAAAAGACAGAAGAAAUAUAAAUAAUCUUAUGCUCUUUAUACCAACAACCUCACAUUAUCCUAUUCUACAAACGGCUUGAAAACAAAACAAAAAGCAGCAUCUACUGUAGCGCACAGACCAAAUAGAGAAAAAACCACAGGCCUUUAAAUAGAUGGCUGAAAAAGAGAAGUGUGAAGUGGACGGAGAUACACAGAGGCAGAAGAGGGAGAAAGAGCGAGAGCAGAAGUUUACAUCAGUCUCUAUGAACAGCAGAGUGGCAACCGGUGCCACCGUGGGACUGCAGUCAUCGCUCUGAGCCGAGCUAACCUGGGAUUUACUCACAGCAACGAUUUCACAAAGCAGGGAGGACAAGGACAGGACGGGGGUUAGAAGAAACUGAGGGCGAAAGAUAAAGGAAGAGGCGAAUCACUCGUAGGAUAAGAGGGUCGCCAGCCAUGGGGAACCUCAUUAAGGUCCUUGGCAAGGAUUUAGAGAACUGUCCACAUUUUUUCCUGGACUUUGAAAAUGCCCAGCCCACGGAGGCAGAGACAGCCGUGUGGAACCAGGUCAGCGCUGUGCUGGAGGAGGCUCAUGGGAUCCUAGCCGAGCUGCAGUCCUAUAAUGGCGCGGGCCAGGAGAUACGAGAAGCCAUCCAGAACCCAGGUGACCUCGCUCUGCAGGAGAAGGCCUGGAACGCAGUCUGCCCCCUGGUGGCCAAACUGAAGCGCUUCUACGAGUUUUCCCUCCGACUGGAGAACGCCCUGCGCAGCCUGCUGGAGGCGCUGACCAGCCCGCCGUACGCUCCCAUGCAGCACCUGGAGAGAGAGCAGGCCCUGGCCAAACAGUUCGCUGAGAUCCUUCAUUUCACACUCAGCUUCGAUGAACUAAAGAUGACAAAUCCAGCCAUUCAGAAUGACUUCAGCUACUACAGGAGGACCAUAAGUAGGAACAGGCUGAACAACCAGCAGCUGGAAGCGGAGAACGAGGUCAACAAUGAGAUGGCUAACCGGAUGUCCCUGUUCUACGCUGAGGCAACACCGAUGCUGAAGACUCUGAGUAACGCCACCACCAAGUUUGUUUCAGAGAAUAAGACUUUGCCCAUAGAGGACACCACAGACUGUCUGAGCACCAUGGCCUGUGUGUGCCGCGUCAUGCUGGAGACUCCGGAGUACCGCUGUCGGUUCACCAACACAGACACCAUGCUGUUCUGCAUGAGGGUGAUGGUGGGAGUCAUCAUUCUCUAUGACCAUGUUCACCCUGUCGGGGCUUUUGCCAAGACCUCCAAAAUUGAUAUGAAGGGCUGCAUCAAGGUGCUGAAAGAGCAACCAUCCAACAGUGUGGAGGGACUUCUGAACGCACUGAGGUAUACGACACGGCAUCUAAAUGAUGACAGCACCUCCAAACAAAUCAGGGCCCUCCUGCAAUGAGAAGGUGGAGAGAAGGAGUGAGGAAAAGAAGGAGCGCACUUGAAGGAGGAGAGAAAAAAAGAAAGACGAGGAGGAAACAAACGCCAGUGGCUGAUAAACCUGUUUGUUUACAACGAACAAAGAAAAUCAUCUCCGGGGUUAAGAGAAACCUGAUGAUAAUAAGAAGAGGAAAAAUAAUUAUAUAUAUUGUCAGCUGUCCAUCAUUCUGUCUCUCAUUUUGUAAAGUAAGAAAAGAGAAAAAAAAGCCAGAAAAGAAAAUAUAGAUAUAUAUUAAAAACAAGUGAAACACAACGCAGCAGAAGUAGGAUUAAAGAGGAAGCUAUAUUGCAAAAUUUAAGGUCAGAACCGAAACAAACUGAAAAUGUACAAACGAAAAAAAAAAGGUUCAUGUUCCAGCUGUAGUCUGACAAGUAUUUUUGCACACAAACAACGCCAUCUCCUUUACCCCUGAGAUCUGAUCCCAAACUGAUUCCCGCAGACUUUCCUGUGCCCCCCUCACACACUCGGAUUAAGGUCUUGAGGUUGCAGAUCUCCUUCAGCUGCACUGAUCUCCACCUACAGGUGAAGUAUGAAGCAAUGUGAUGGAUGCACUCCGGAGAUUUGCUUCUACCUGUUUUGUUUAUUUUCUGCAUCGGUGCAGCUGAAGGAAAGGAGGCAAGGAGUCCAUUUUUGCCCUCAUUUUCUCCCUCAUUGCCCAUCGCCCUCAUCCCUAUUCCCAUCCAUCCAUCUAUGGGAUAUGUGGUUUUUCUUGGCACACAAAAAAAUGGCCAUCCAAUAUUGUGUGCCCUUACGCUGUAUAUGUUCCAGCACAAAACAUCUUGUGAGUAGUCUGGCUUUACUUGAACGUCGUUCACUCUCUCUCUCUCUCUCUCUUUCUCCAUGGUGCUAAUGUGGUUUAGAUAUCACAGUGCUAGAUUGUUAGAUAUCAGUUUCUUCAUCCCUUUUUUUGCACCGAUAUGUUGAAUCUGCUUUCAUCUAUUCUGUGAUUAGUGCACAAACAGGGAUGAAUCAGAUUUUAAAGGACCUGUAAGAUUAAAAAAGGCAUUCUAGGAAACCACAGCACACUUACUUCUUCACCCAGUGCCAAAGCUGAUUGUUUUUUUUUGCAUCAUCAAGCCAGGCUCGAGGAGGAGGAUGAGGGUUUUUUGAAGUCUUAUAAAACAUCACUGAUUGUCAUUUUAAGUACAUAUGAGGAUGUGAACGAGCCAAACAAUAAAAUGACGCACACAAAGUGAGAGAGAGAAAUUUACACACAUGCAUUUUAAAAAGGGAGAUCUGAGUGUUACAGUGUAAAUAUGUGAGGCUUUUCUCAACAGGCAUCUACAUGGUCAGCUUGGGUCGUCAAGGAAAAACAUACAUCUGCUUUCUUUUUAGUACGAGGUUGUCAAAGAACUAAGUCAUUGAAUGAAAAAAUGAAGAUUAAAAAAAAAUUCAAAACGGAGAUUAAAAAGAAGUGCUGUACUUUGGAUGUCUAUAGCCCUUAGUCUAAUUUAAUUUGAUCUUAUAAUAUAUUUUCUAUACAGGGGUAUGUGAACAAGCAUAUUCUGUAUAAAUAUAUAGAUGGCAUGUUGUAAAAGUUCUGACAGAAAUGUGUAAAUAAGGUGUUUUUAUUCAUUUUUAAUUGUUCAGUGAUGCUGGAAUUGGGUAUGUGUUGUCUCUCAGAAUUACCAUGCGUUUGGCUUGGACCAUCGGACUUGCCGUAGUCAUAGGUUUCAGAAAUUCAGCUUCAUUAUUGCAGAUGAACCAGAGGGAGGGGAGGGAUGCUAAGGUGGGGGGGUAGGGGCUGUCCAUUUGCUUGUUAUUUUGUACAUUUUGUGCAACAAUAAACUUGUCAUUUAUUACAUUCAA